AUGGCGCCCAAGCAAAGGAACGCCGCAGCUCACUCCUCCACCACCACCUCAUCAAUAGCAGCAGCCCCCUCCGCGGCAGCAACAGCACCACCAUCCUCCGCGCCCGUUGCCGUGCCGAAAUCCGCGAUCGCCAAGACCACCCACGCCGGCAGCACCCAGUCAUGGGACAAGAUCGUGAGCAACGUGCUCACACACUACCUGGACACGACGCCGCAGCGGACCAAGCUGCUGGACGCCUUCAUGGCCUUCCUGGUGGCGGUGGGGGCGCUGCAGUUCUUGUACUGCAUUCUCGCGGGGAACUACCCGUUUAAUGCCUUCUUGUCCGGGUUCGCGGCGACGGUGGGGCAGUUCGUUUUGACUGCUUCGUUGCGUAUCCAGACGACCGAGGCGAACAAGGGCGAUUUCCCUUCCGUAUCGCCCGAACGUGCCUUCGCCGACUACGUCGUGUGCAGUCUGAUCUUGCACUUUUUCUGCGUUAACUUCAUCAAUUAG